AUGGUGAUAAGAGUCACGUCUUACGAAGCCGCGACUUGGUCACCUCGACUCGACAACGCGUCGGCCCCGCAAAGCCAGUCUACCUCGCCACGCACGCCUCCGACUACAGGCGAAACCACUACGGUCACCGCAAGCUCCCCAACACUUGCAAUUCACCACAACAAACACCCUGACCCAUGCUUGCCUGUCUUGGCCAUCCAAGCCCAUCCAAGCCACCCGCAUCUGCUCAUCACAAGCUUGUACGACGGCACGAUCCAGGAGCUGUAUUUCAAGCGUCAACAGAGUACGGAGAUUGCCAAUUGCCAGGUCCUCUUUCCCGCUGACGCCAUCCUCUUCUCCGCCUUUGACUUUGCUAACCACGGCCGCGAGCUUUGGGCCUCCGACACCGCCGGCGGGCUCGUCCAUUGCAACCUCUGCCAACCCAAGUCUUCCGCCCGCUGUUGGACGGCCUCUAAGAAGAAGAUUGGCUGCCUCAGUAUCUGUCCCCACUUCGGAGACAGACUGGCAGUGACUGCUGGACUGAACCAAGAGAUGCGGUAG